AUGAGUGAUCGCCUCAAGAUUACUGCCAAAUCCGGACACUGGGACGUUGAAGCCGAGUUCUCCGGGAGCCACGCCAGCACUUUCGACCAGACGUUCAAUAACAUCUAUUCGCAGCUAUGCCACUCAGCACAGACUAAAAUAUCGCAGAUUGAGACCAUUUGCGAAGACGAUGUUCGGUGGCUUCUCCAGUAUGCCUUACACGCCAUUCCAGAACCAACUAGCACGGACGCAGUCACAAUGUUUCGACAUUCAGUGGAGCUAUGGCCUCACAAAACGGCGAUUGAAGCUUGGGAUGGCUGGUUGACUUACUUGGAGCUCGAACAAGAGUCUACCAGACUUGCAGAAUCUCUUGUUUCGGAAGGCGUCCGGCCACUUACUGUGGUUCCCAUCGUCUUGGAGUUCUCGAAGUGGGCGUUGGUGUCGAUACUGGCGGUAUGGAAGACCGGCGCGGCCUACGUCUUCUUGGACCCGAGUCACCCCAUCAAUCGCCUGCAGACACUCACAAAACGAGUGAAAGCCUCUUUUGUUUUGAGCCAGGACAGCUUCCGCGCCCAAAUACGCGAUAUUGGGACGCGGGUGCUGAUCAUCGACGAAAUCGUACAUCGGAGUUCAUCGCAGGAGACCAGUUUCGCAGAGCUGCCGACUGCAAUCGACAUAGGUUCCCCUGCGUAUGUGAUCUUCACAUCGGGGAGCACAGGAGAACCCAAGGCGGUCGUUCACACCCACUAUGCCUUUUGUUCUGGCGCCCUACAUCAAGCAGAGCUUCUCGGAUUUUCUGAUCAGACCCGAACCCUUCAGAACGCGCCGCUCAUUUUCGCAGGAGCUGUGCCGGAACUGCUCUUCACUAUUCUGCAAGGAGGCUGUCUAUGCAUUUCCAAGCAGGAAGAGCGAGUUAAAGACUUAUCCGGCUGCGUACGCCAUCAUCACAGCAACAUGCUUAUAAUAUCUUCGUCUUCGGCGGCUAUCCAGGACCCAAAGGACUUCAAACCCCGGCAAACGUUACUCAUGGGUGCCGAGCCCUUACCUGCGCACACUGCACGGAAAUGGGCAGCUCUCCACAACAACUGCAACGGCUAUGGGUCUACAGAGACAAACACAGUUGCCACUUGCUGUCCUUUCAGCACUUCUGUGGCGAGUCAGUCUGUUGGACCAGGCGCGGCGCAUCAAUACUGGAUAGUCGAUGCUUUGAACUAUGACCGUCUGGUGCCGCCUGGCUCUCUGGGAGAGGUCGUGGUGGAAGCGUACGCUUUGGCUUCCGAGUAUUUAAACAACGAAGAAGCAACCGCAAAAUCGUUUCCGCCCGCUCCCCUGUGGUACCCAGGUCUGGAACUGAAAAGACCGAGCGCCACCAGAUUCUUCCGAUCAGGAGACUUGGGUAGAAUAGCCACCGACGGCACCCUUGAAGUCCAUGGCCGGACUGAUCCACUUCAAAUCAAACUCAGGGGCCAGAGGAUUGAGCUUGGUGAGAUUGAGGCUAUCACUAUAGAUGCACUCGGCCGACCGACGCCUCUUGUCGCAGAGCUCAUCCUUCCCCAAAGCCAAGAUCGACCAUCGAUUGCCGUCUUUGUCGCCGCAUCCGCUUCCAUCGACAACCUUCCUGCGAUCCUGCUUUCAGAGAAUCUCGAGCUGUCGAGUUGUCAGGAGAAGCAGCUAGACCAUCUGCGGGAGAAACUUGCACCGGCGUGGACCAAUGCUCUUCCAGACUUCAUGCGUCCUGCGUAUCUGGUACCGCUCACUCGAUUGCCACGGACUGCCACCGGUAAGCUUGAUCGGCAACAACUUCGAAAAUGGUGUUCAAAGUAUACAGCCAUUGAGCUCGCCGUCUUCUCCACCACCAAGUCUGAUAGAAGGGUUAGAGCAUUGACCAGCGACACUGAGCUGAAGCUUGGAGAGGCCAUCAGUACAAUACUCAGAGUACCGAGACAAAGGAUCCAUGGAAACUCUGUCUUUACUGUUCUAGGUGGAGAUUCGUUAGCUGCGAUUCAACUUAGCCAGGAGCUACGCAAACAUGGCUUGGCUGCUUCUCCCGCCGACGUGGUCCGCUCCGAGAACUUGGCUACGCUUGCAGAGGCUCUCGACUUGACUCCACCCGUCAAUGAGCCGAUUGUAUCAAUUCAAGGUGCUGAGCGUGUGAUCGAGGAUCGAAAUUUGAAUGCUGAAAUUGUUUUAAGAUACUUGAAGCUCACGGCCGACCAGGUGGAAACGAUCCUGCCAACCACUGAUUCUCAAAGCCGAGCGAUAGAGCUUGGGAUAGGGCCGGAGAAGUGCUUCGUCUAUCACUUUGCGCUCAGGUUCCAAGGCGACAUCGAGAUGUCUAGACUCGUGUCCAGCCUGCAGUCACUCGUGGACCGUCACGACAUUCUUCGCACACUCUUCACCCGGCACGAAGGCCGCAUCUUGCAGGUCAUUUUGAACGAGCUUCAAUGCCCACUAGACUCGAGGGCCAUUGAAGCGGGAGAUUUGAUUGACGAAACAGUGCGUCAAAUUUCCACGAGCGAUUUCCAGCUCGAUCAGGUGCCGACGAAAUUCUGGCUCCUCUCGGUCGACGGCCUCCCAAAAGCUGUAGUGUUGCGGUUGUCGCACGCUCAGUUCGACGGAAUUUCGCUCCCUUUGCUAUGGAACAGUCUAUCUUAUAUCUACGCCGGACAAACACUUCCUACGGCACCUCAGUACUCUACAUACGCUCGAGCUGUUCUCCUGCCGGACAUGACACCUUCUAUCGAGUACUUCAAAGAUCUCCUCCACGACUGCCCUUUCACCGACCUGGCGAAACGCCUGAGUGCCGUGCACAAACCUCAAAAUCGCCAAUUGAGCCGUCAGAUCACCUUGAACCCAGCCGCUGGUUUUACCCCGGCGCAGCUCUUCCAAGCGGCAUGGGGCUACGUCUCCGCAAAGUAUUUGCACAUGAGGGCCGUAUCAUUCGAUCAAAUCGUGUCUGGUCGGCAAAUCAGGCCGAUCGAAGAUUAUGACUAUGACACAUCGCAGCUCUUGGGACCAUGUCUCAAUGAUGUCCCUGUCGUAGUCCGGUUCCCGGAACAGCAGACUGUACGUCAAAUGCUGGCUCAGAUCCGGGAUCAGCAUACCGCGACCGCCAGACACGAGACUCUCGGAUUCAAGACGAUUCUAGGAGAGUGUAAGCCAGCUCAUUGGCCGCAGGAUGCGCGCAUGACCAGCAGCGUCCAAUACCGCGGAUUCGAAGAUCGAACAUCAUUUCCACUCGGACCUGCUGAGUGCAAGGUCGAGAUGAUGGAAAGGAACAUGGACCUGGAGGAUUUGACUGUCUUCGUCAAGCCACUUCGAGACGUCGAUGGUGGACCUAAGUUCGACGUGGGUUUCCUGUUCUCAGACGAAGUCGUCGAGGAGACGCAGGCUAACUCUUGGUUUGACGAGCUGAUUGGGGCUGUGAUUGCUUUCUCCGCGGACGACGCUAUGGAUGAGGUGGUAGAGUCGCUCUUGGGUCAGAUCUAG